AUGCCACUCUCAACACAGAUUGCAAGAGUCUCCGAUGGUCUGCCAUUGGCGCAGAGCGUCGAUGACGGCAAGACCGAAACUGACCUCUCAGAGCACAAGCAGCAAGCCAAGCUCAUCUUUCGCCGCAUCACACCGUCUUCGGAACAGCGAUGCAGCAUCGAGAGCGGCAAGUAUACCCUGCACUACCUCAUAUCGCCGCCUCCUGCUAUGCCAUCGUCCGUCGUAUACCUCACCAUCGCCGAAAAGUCGUAUCCGCGCAAACUGGCCUUCUCGUACCUUGACGAGCUGUCCAAAGAGUUUGAGCGCAGCUACGGAAAUCAGGUCGAACAGAGAACGCUCCGUCCAUACGCUUUUGUGAGCUUUGACACAUUCAUGCAGCGAACCAAACGACUUUACGAAGACUCUCGCACAGCUCAGUCGGCAGCGUCAUCGAAUUUGGACCGACUCAACGAAGAUCUGCAGGAUGUUACGCGCAUCAUGACAAAGAACAUGGAAGAUCUGCUUUGGCGAGGUGACAGCCUGGAUCAGAUGUCGACCAUGUCGUCGUCGCUACGAGAUGAGUCGCUCAAGUACCGCAAGGCUGCACGACAGAUCAAUCUAGAUGCUCUUUUCCGUAAAUGGGCGCCCGUCGGAGCGGUAGGUUUCCUGUUCCUAUUUAUCAUCUGGAUCAAAUUCUUUUGA